AUGCCAGGUCCAUGCGAGAUGGAGAGUCCAGCCUUAUGGAUCACUCAGUAUGUGCUCGGUAAAACUGAGAGAGCUCGCAUGAUACGUCGUACAUUGAUCCGGUACUUGGUACUGACACAAGCGAUAGUGUUUCGCGAUGUUUCUGCUGGUGUGCGAAAACGCUUUCCUACCAUGAACCAUCUCGUCACAUCUGGUUUAAUGACAGAAAAAGAAUUGGAGGAUUUCGAUUCGAUUGUGACAACGUAUCCGAAAUACUGGGUACCAAUGAACUGGGUGUUCAGGCUAAUCCGAGUAGCUCGAGAGGAGAAGAACAUUCCAGGCGAAAUGAUCUAUGUAGAUCUCAUGGAG